AUGAAUACAAGGGAGAACACAAGGAGGAUGGAAGAGGAGAAUGUGAAUGAGAGAGUUCCUCCGCAAGGUCCUCAAGGUGACCGAGUUCCUCAAGGCAAUCAAGUUCCGGUGGAUCCCUCAGCCAUUUCCAAUGAGGAAAUUAGGGAUGAGAUGAGUCGAUUUGUUACGGGUGUAUCCGACCUAGUUGAGGAAGAGUAUCGUACAGCAAUGCUCCAUGAUGAUAUGAACAUUUCUAGGCUCAUAGUAUAUGCUCAAUCUAUUGAGGAGUCCAAACUUAAGAGGAAUAAUAGGGAGUUGAAGAGGUCUAGGUCUAAUGAGCAAGGUCAACCAAGGCACUAUGGGAAAUUCCUAGUCGAUACUAAUGGGUGCUAUGGUUGUGGGAAGAAUGAUCACCAAGUGAAAGAUUGUCCUACUCUUGCGGCCAAAGAAAGAGAGGCCAAGCAAGCUUCUCCUAGUAUUCUGGAUCCCAAUGCUCUAAGGAAAAACCGUUUCUAUGUACUUCAAGCUAACAAGGACAAAGGAGCUCAUCCGGAUGAAGGCACCGGUAUGUGGUAG